ACCUGGCAAUUUGCCAUCAUUGAUCUGUUUCAGACAGGUCUGAAAUUGUUUGAUUGUUAAUAGAUAAUCUCUAAUGCACACUGAACUUUGUCUCUGCAAACAGUCAGAACACAACGGACGGGACAAGAUCUUCCUUCGGCAGCCUGUCAGUGAGUGUCGAGGGAUUCUUGACAAGAUUAUAAAAUGGAGUUCAGAGUGCUGUUCACCCUCAUUUAUUCGUUUGGUUUUCUGUGCGUUCUUGAAAGUCAAGAACCCAAAACUCCUGAUGUCAGGGAUCUGGCCUUCAAAAAUACGGACUUUGCCAUGAACCUCUAUCGCAAGAUAUCAAGUUAUCAUGACAAAAACAUCUUCUUCUCGCCGCUGAGCGUUUCCACAUCUUUCGCCACGCUCUUACUGGCCGCCAAGGGCUCGACACGCAGCGAGAUCGUGAAGGGACUGAACCUGAACCCUCUAGACGUGACCGGAGACGCGAUGCUCAUCCCACAGCUCUUCGAGCAGCUGCAGAAAAACAUCUCGCAGGACAAGAAACUGCACACGGAGCAGGGCACGGCACUCUUCGUAGACGACGGCUUUAACGUCGAGAGGGUCUUCAGCGAUCAGAUCGAGACGUUCUUCUGCGCUGAUGUGAACAAUGUGGAUUUCAGCAAGACGGAGCACAGCAAGAGCAUCAUCAACGAGUAUGUGAACAGAAAGACCGGCGGUAAAGUGAACAAAAUGGUGACGAGCAUCGAGCCGCUGACGCAGAUGAUGCUCCUCAACACCAUCUUCUUUCAGGGUGAGUGGGAUCGUCCGUUUGACCCCAACAGCACAGAAAUGAGUCGCUUCUACAUAGACAAGUACAACAUCGUUCAAGUCCCCAUGAUGGUGAAGGAGGACAAAUUCUCCACGGCGGAAGACGGCGAGCUGCGCGCUCGAGUUCUGCGUCUGCCGUACCGUGGCGGGGCGGCGCUGCUCAUCGUCCUGCCCGACACCGCUGCCGACUACACCGUCAUAGACGACGAGAUCAGCGCCGAGCGAUUCUACGGCUGGAUCAAAAACCUGAGACGCAUUAAAAUGGAGGUCCAUCUGCCCAAGUUCAAGAUGGAGCAGUCUUACAAAUUGCAUGAAAUACUGCCACAAAUGGGCAUCAGCAGCAUUUUCCUCCACUCAGCCAACCUGACGGGUUUAAGCAAAGACGCGCAUCUGAAAGUCUCACAGGUGCUGCAUAAAGCCGUCAUCGAGGUGGAUGAGAAAGGCACGACAGCGACCUCGGCCACAACAGUGGGAAUAACGGCUUAUUCUCUGCCGCCCACCUUCAUCGUCAACAGGCCCUUCUUCUUCUUUCUGUACCAUGAAGCCACUUCUAGUCUGCUGUUCAUGGGCAGAGUGAUUGACCCUACAAAGAACUGAGCUGUGAAGAAGCACAAAAACACUGACGGGAGACGACUGUGCCUGUUCAACAGAAACAUACUCAACACCGCAGCACUAAUGGAGUGAUACUUCAGACAGAAAACAUUACCAAACAAAUAGUGCACUCAGAGAAAACUGUGUGUAUAAACACAUUGUACCACUGAACGUAUUCUAAAGAAUAAAGUGAGGAAAUUGUG